GCGAAAGUACAAGGGGAACAUGGCUGCUGGUAUUAGUACUAAACAUGGGUUAUUACGCAGUCAAACAUCGCUGUGCCAUGUUGUUCACAGGAAAAUUUUCCCCAACAGUGUUUGUAUACAAAGAGCGGUGGAAAUACCGAGUGUGAGAGGGACAACCAGCGUGAGAGCAGACUCUCAGCACAAUGAAAAGUACUGUCUGGAGCUGGUCAGGUCCAGGGACUAUGACGGCUUUGUGUCCUCCCUCCUCCUCCCAGAAGAGGCACGGCGCUCCUCUCUGGCUCUGAGAGCCUUUAAUGUGGAGCUGGCACAGGUGAAGGACUUAGUUUCCCAGAAGACAAUUGGUCUGAUGCGAAUGCAGUUCUGGAAGUCAGCCAUAGAAGAAAUCUACAGAGACGAGGCUCCAAAGCAGCCAGUCAGCGCUGAGCUGUGGAGGGCGGUGAGGAAACACUACCUGACAAAGAGAUGGCUGCUGAGGAUCAUAACCGAGAGAGAAAAGGAUCUGGAUGACAGAACCUACAGGAACCUACAGGAACUGGAGAGAUAUUCAGAGAACACCCAGUCCUCCUUAAUAUACCUGCUGCUGGAGUGUUUAGGUGUGAAAGACGUCCACGCAGACCACGCAGCGAGCCACAUUGGUAAAGCUCAGGGAAUUGUGACAAGUCUGAGAGCGAUUCCUUAUCACAGCAACCGGCGGAAAGUCUACCUGCCCAUGGACAUCUGCAUGCUGCACGGAGCAUCUCAGGAGGACUUCAUCCGCGGCAGCCGGGACCAGAAAGUCCGGGAUGUUGUGUACGACAUCGCCAGUCAGGCUCACGUACAUUUACAACACGCACGAUCAUUUAGCCACAACGUUCCUGCAGCUGCCACUCGGGCCUUCCUCCAGACGGUGGCUUUGGAGGACUACCUGCAGAGAGUGAGAAGGGCAGAUUUUGAUGUGUUCCACCCGAGUCUGCAGAACAGAAACCCUCUCCUCCCCAUCCAGCUGUACAUCCGCUCCUGGAAGAAGACCUACUGAUGUGAGUCUCCCGCCUCCUCCUCCCAGUCUCUCCAGUGACUCCAGUUUGACCAAAGCCCAGAGAUUUCAGCUCUCUGCUUGGAGAUCACAUUGUAACAGAUCUGUAAAGACAUCAAGACUUGUUCUGGACUACAGCUCUGCCACUCAGGAGCUGUCCCUUUUAAUAAAACCACACCAAAGUUUGUUUCUCAAACUGUGGCUCACACACCAGCUUCAGUCCCAAAUCAUCAGGCAGGGAACAGUCUGACGAUGCAUUGCAAGAAUUCAAGUAUGUAAUAAUGAAUUUUGGAAAUGUACUUUGUUGGGGGACGACAGUGUUGCGGUGGGUAGAGCAGUUGACUCCCAAUCAGAAGGUUGAGGGCUCGAAUCUCGGUGCCUGCAGUCCACGUGUCGAAGUGUCCUUGGGCAAGACACUGAACCCUCCAAGUUGCACGUAUGCACACGCAGCGGCCUGGGGCCCCUCAGCUCCUUACAAAAUUUCAUUGUACAUGUCACAAUGUUACAAUGACAAUAAAAAAUAAAGCUUCUUGUUCAGAUGUUCUGUGGAUGCGUAAAGAAUAAUUGUGGAUUAUUAUAACUUUGGUCUUACUUUUAUACGUGUAACCAUCAUUUUUAUCAGCACUAAUGAGAUUGUGACUUCCAGGGUAAUUACUGAGCUCUGUGAACAGAGAGCAGAAAAGGCCUGAAGAUGAGCAGAUGAAAUGCUAUCAAGAAGGACGAUGUAGUUGGAGGAUGAGAGCAGAGGUUGUAUGUUUCAUUUUUUGGUGAAAAGAACAUGUUCAGACACUAACGAGCCAAAUCACAGUAAUAAAGAAGAUAAACUGCAAACACAUGACAGGAAAAUGUGCAGAUGAGGUUACAAGUCUAAACUCGUGUCAGAAGUACUCUGGCGGUCGGCGGUGAAUGUGGGGUCUUUCACCCGGCUCACCACCUUGCCUUGACAGGUGCCUCAUUGGGCCUUAAUUAAGCCUCAUCCCCUCUGCUUGAAGCCGCUGCCGGCACAGAGAUGGGUAAUUACGGGCUCCAACCCAGAGAGCCACUGUUUACUGCAGCAGACACGCCAGCUUUACACUGCGGGGAAAACGGAAAGCAUUAAUUAGGCCUUUCUGCCCUGUCAGGAGUAAUUGCACUGAGUGGAGGAAACAUUUGUUCACCUUCACUUCUUCACUGAAAGUGCUCCUCCAACUUCAAACCUGCAUUCCUCACAUUGAUGGCCACCAGGGGCACCAGAACUGACAUGGCCACCUUAUAAAGAUGUUAGUCACCUAGAGCUACAUGGUCAUCCCAUCAGAGCAGGGUUUGUGUCCACCUGAUGAAUGUCCAAUAAUCACCCACAUUGUAGUUCUGAUUUUGGCCUCCACCUCCUCCUGAGGGAAAUAUCUGGCUGUCUAGCUGCCAAACACUCCAGUUUCUUCACCAGCUGGUGUCUAACUGCCGUUUGAUGCUGACCAUUGAUAUUAACACGUAGAUUUCUGAGCCACUGCUGUUCAUUACAGCGAUGUGUCCACGCAGCUGCCACGUUGUUGUUGUUGUUAAAGCCUUUUCUAAAAUGACCGGACUCCCUCUUAGAGCCCUUUCUUCCUUAUGUGAGCAGCAGAUCAUUGCACUGUGGUGUUUGUCAUUAUAGGUGUGCUUUUAAAUGUACUAUCAUAGAAUAAUGACCUUACAAAUCAACUCUUCGUGCUCUUUUUAAUUGGCCACAGGUGAUAAAUAAAGUACAAUGGAACCUUGGAUUGUGAGUAUAAUUUGUUCCGGCAACAUGCUCAUAAUCCAAAGCACUCAUAUAUCAAAGCGAAUUUCCCCAUAAGAAAUAAUGGAAAGUCAGAUGAUUUGUUCCACACCCUCUUAUCCUUAUAAAAAUGAUUACAGUAAUACAAAAUACAGUGUAAAGUAAAAAUAAAACACAUUAACCUGCACUUUAC